ACAGGACAAAAUGAGAUGAGACCCCUCGGACGGGAGCGGCCGCCCGGCUGCGAUCCCUGAUCGCUGCCCGAUCCCUGCCCGCUCCUGCGCAUCGCUGCCACCGCCGCCGGGCACCGGCGCAGCCCCAGCAUCCCCGCCAAGAUGCCACUGAGCUGUGCCUCCACCUCACCCCUACGCUGCCAUGGCCACGCUAGAGACGCUGCCCGUCCUCAGUGACCCGGCCUACCCCAGCCCGGAGAACUUCCACGGCUUCACCCCCCGCUACUCCCAGACCAUCCCCAAGAGCGCCAUGGGGAGCGUGGGCAGCGGAGUGGCCAACGACCAGGAGUUCGCCAUGAAGAGCGUGGGCACCCGGACGCAGAGCAGCGGCCGGCAGAGCGAGGGGCCCCGCAAUGGCUACUCCGCGCGGGACAUCUCCAACCGCUACUCCGGCGAGGAGAAGACCUACAAGUCGGAGAAAGUCUCCAACUCCCUCUACAUCAACGGCGACCUGCGCAAGAGCGAGAAGGUGAAGAUGGACAUCUGCGGCAACGUGACCACCAACAACGAGAAGAACUUGCCGCCGCCUCCCCAGUACCGAGAGCCCAGUAACCCACCAAAGAUUUUGCCAAUCUCCGGCAAACUAGACCAGAGCAAUGAGCCCUUAGUUAGACCCUCAGCCUUUAAACCAGUAGUUCCUAAAAACUUCCAUUCCAUGCAGAACCUCUGCCCGCCGCAGAGCAACGGGAUGGCAGAGAACAGAAAGAGCUUGAACCAUGCCAACAGCAAUAGCCCGUCCGCACCCAAGGGUGGACUCGACAAGAGCAGCCUUAACAGGACUACAAACCAAGGCGGGGGGCUCUCGGAUUCGGGCCGUAACUCGCUAACAAGCCUGCCCACCUACGGGACAGGCUACAGCCAGCACGUGGGCCCCAUGAGCGCCUCCACGAGCCACAUCAACCGCAUCGGGACCACCUACGUGGAGAAGAACAUCGUGGGAUACAACGGGAUAUCUACCUCAGACAGCGGGCGGUCCUCGAGCAAGAGCACCUCGUCCUUCAACAGACUGAACCAUCUCAACGAAACGAUGCCUUUCCACUCGCCCUCCACCGACGAUAUCAUCCAGGACCUGGAGGACCGGCUGUGGGAGAAGGAGCAGGAGGUGCUCCAGAUGAGGAGGAACCUGGACAAGAGCGAGGCGGCCAUCUUCCAGGUGUUUGAGGAGAAGCAGAAGAUCUGGGAGAGGGAGAUGGAGGACCUGAGGCAGAACUAUGCCAACAAGUUGCAGCAGGUCUCCAAAAAGGCGCAGCGGGCUCAGCAAGCUCUGCAGCUCCAAAUCUUCAAGCUCCAGCAGGAGAAAAAAAAACUCCAGGAUGACAUGGGACAACUCCUCCAGCAACGAGAGGAGCUGGAGAAGAAAUUUGUGGCUUUCAAGAAGGAGCAGGCUGAGUUUCUCCCGAAGAUUGAAGAGACCAAGUGGGAGGUGUGCCAGAAGGCAGGUGAGAUCUCCCUGCUCAAGCAGCAGCUGAAGGACUCCCAAGCCGACGUCUCCCAGAAGCUCAAUGAGAUCGUGGGACUGCGGUCGCAGCUCAAGGAAGGUAAGAACUUCCUACGGGAGAAAGAGGAGCAGAUCCUCACCCUGAAGGACUCCUACAGCUCCAAGAGCGUCAACCUGGAGAUCUGCGAGGGCGAGCUGCAGAGGAAGAUGAGCGAGGUCCAGGUGCUGAGGGAAAAACUGAACCACUGUGAGCUGGAGGUCUCCGGCCUGAAGCGGACACUUGCCAGCAUGGGACCUGCGGGGUCUUUUGGUGGGGACCUCGGGGAGAAGCUGCGGGACCCGCUGGCCUGCGAGAGCGACGAGGCCAAGAUGCAGAGGCAAAGCGAGGACAGCGUGAACACCCUGAGGAGGGAGGUGGAGCGGCUCCAGACGGAGCUGAAGCUGGAGCGGCAGCAGCGGGAGCAGCAGGUGAUGGACUUCGAGGAGGAGCGGCGCACGUGGCAGGAGGAGAAGGAGAAAGUCAUCAAGUACCAGAAGCAGCUGCAGCUGAACUAUGUGGAGAUGUACCAGAAGAACCAGCUCCUGGAGCACAAGGUCAACGAGAUGAACACGAAGGCCACCAGCCCCCCACACACCGAGGAGAAGAAGACAUGGACUCCCUCCAGACUCGAGCGAAUAGAGUCCACUGAGAUCUGAGGAGGGACCGAGGCAACACGAUGGAAUUUUUUAUUGCUGUGCAUGUACUACCUACUCAAGCCAGUGAUCUUCCGAAGGAUAAUGCGCUCCCGUCGGAGCGGUGUGAGCGUGCUCCCACCAGGCUCCAUCACCCUUACUCUCCACUUCUGUGCUCUGUAGGUAAAAUAAGUGUGGAUGUGCGUUGGUUUUCUAUCGAUAAUGCGACAUCUCGUCUGGGUUUUUUCCUAGUACAGCUGGUGAGGGUCAAUUGGCUCUUUUAUAAUCUGCCCUGACUGUUACUUUGCUAGAGGUUGCCACACCCUCUCCUACAAUUCACCUUUCUUCGGUUGGUUGUUUUGGAGGGUUAUAUUCGGUUUCUUUGGUUUUCCAAGCAUUUAAGUGCAGCAAAACAGUUCAAAGUGGCAGGUUGGUUGUUUUUUGGGUUAUUUUUUUUUUUCCAGGACAUUUUUAGCCACAUUGGCUAAUGGAGCAAAGCUCUUGGGAUCAUGAGCAAACUCAAGUAUUCUUCAUCAAGUAUCCUGUCUAGACGGUGGUCUUAGUGAAGUCAGUGCGAGCUUGGCCACUGAUUUCAGUGAAACCAGACAUAUCUCUACCAGACGACUCCCUCUUGCCCUGGUUGCAAGAGGUUAGGACAUCCUUGAGGAGCAGGAUGAGCCUGUCCUGGUAACAGAAGCCAACAAGGAACAAUGUCCCAGCAGGAGCCUCUCUGGAGGCUCAGCAGAGCUUAACAUAUGCUGCGUUUUCACUUCCUUGUGGUUUCGUCCUGCAGUUCCACUCCUCUCCCAGGUUGUGACCAACCCUGGGAGCAGAAAUACCCUCCCACCUCUGCCUUGGUCCCCUUACUCUUACUCUAUACCCAAGCUGUCUACAGCAAGAAAAAAGCUUGGAAAUCCAAGCUAGUUUCCUUUCCCAGCAGCCCUCUUCCCAAAGUCAAUGGAAUUGUGGUUUGGGGAAGCCCCCAAACCCAUGGGAUGUUUAUGCAAACUGAAGCUUUAGCAGUCUGCCCCAAAAGUGGGCAAUUGUGCCACCCUGUCCCCCAAAUGAGUGACACCUUGGUGCACUCUCUUGGCCCAGGGUCUGCUUAAAAACAGCACUCGAGCCUCACUCAGGAGUUGCAGGGGGGGCACAGCAGCAUCACAGCUGGAUUGCAACUGUCAGCCUUCAGUCCUGCCAUUCCACAGCCAUCCCACGGGGCAUCCCACACUCCAGGCAUGGAGAUAAUAACUCACAGGCCUAGCUCAAGAAACUACUCAGCUACUAACUCUGAGCAUGAAAGAAGUCCUAAGAGGGGAAAAUGCUUAAGAUCACGCAAGUGCUUAUGCCCUGGCAGAAUAAUAAACCAAAUCCUACGGGCAUGGGCACUGAGGCAGCAAGACCUGGCAUUCCGCUUGAAAACAUGGGCAAAGUGAGCUCAGUUCUUCCUGUCAUGGACUAUUUUUUUACCAUGAGUCACAAUAAAGAGAAGAAAAAUGCUGUGGAGUUUGCACUGGCCAAAGGAUCAAGAGGAGUGGGGAUUUUGGCUCUUUGCCCUGGGGAGCAGCUAGAAGAGAAAAGUUAGAACUAGCACUGGGAUGUUCUGAAAUGUCUUGUGAGGUGACUCCAGGGUGAGUUUGGCCAGAUUACAUUUCAUGUGAGUACCAAGGAAGAACCUCGAGGCAUUGAGGGGCUGAAGACCUUCCAAACAAAAGCCCUGAAGCUGCACAUUUUCCAUGUUCUGUCUCCCCAAAGCUCUCCUGCUCAUGAGCAGGUCUGACCUUCAGUUUGAGAACAAACAUUACUGUGGUGAGCUUCAGACUGAGCACAGUGGAGACUGCAGUUAGUCCCACCAGCCCAAGUCAUGGGACAGUGCCGCUGGCCAAGAGCUGGUGGUGGCUGCCAGAGAUCUCUGGAGCCAUUGGAAAUGGAAAAGUGCAGCAAGACCAGGGUAUUUCAAGACCCCAGCUGACAGUUUCUGUCAUUUCCCACCACUUCUGCCCAUGUGUUUGGAGCUGGAGAAAGACAACUCAUGGAAAACAUCGGGGCAGCUCAGGCUAGGCCCCUUUCCCUGGACCAGCCAUAAAAGGGGGAUUAGGUGAGGUCUAACUCCUGAUGGGUGUGGGGAAGAGUCCUACUGCAAAUCCUGAAGAUGCUACAGCAGUCUUGGAUGUCAGCCCGUGCACCCCAGCAAGGAAGGAGUGCAGCUGCCUGCCAGUGCCACACAGCUGCAGCCUUUGCCAUGCCCAAUGAGACAUCCACAUGCACCUGGCCAGGCAAAUCCUAGAGCUUCCUCCAUGUCAUAGUCCAGGCCUUCCAGACAGAGUCCAACAUCCCACAGUGUCAGGGUUGGAGAUCUGAUGUCUCGCACCAUCUCAGCUUUCUUUUCACAUCAGACAAGCCCACGUUGUCCUCCCUCCAGAAGCAGGUGCUUGGUGUCUGUUCUUGCAAAGAUUGUUCACCUUGGAGGAGGAAAGGUCCACUCCCUCUGCCUUCUUCACUGCAUCACACUGAUCCAGAGCUCCAAUCCAGAUCUGAGAGACUUCGACUGUGGACAUUCCCUGGAUGACAAAGCCUUGCAGACACCCAUUAAGGCACUGCUGCUGCUGGUUUUCCCUCUCUCGGGAUUCUCCACCCAGGAUCCCCCCAGCAUCCAGCUGUCCUGCAGAAACCACUCCACCUGUGCUAUGGUGACAGAAAAAACAGAUGGUUUUGGGAGCCAAACUGCCACAAAGGAUUCCUGUGCUUCAGGAUUCCUCCCCACAACUGGAUGUGCUGCUCCCCAUCAAGUCCUCUCCCCUGUGCCAGUCCUUUGCUCAGCAGAGAUGGAGCAAAAUGAUGGUAAGACACCUGGAUUCCUGCUGUUUGUGCCCAGGUGGAGCUCACCUGGCUCCUUCCAGAUCUUUACACUUUCACAAGUCGAUGAAAUCUCUCACCAAAAGCUUUGUUGAGGCUCUGGGGUCAGCCCUGGGUUAGGACAGCCAAGGGGUGCCAGGCUGGCGUUUGGGUGACAUAUCCUGGGAAUGGCCAAGUUGGCUGGCAGUGUGUCUCUUGGAGGCUCAGGCAGGGCUGAAGAAUUGUUCCUGUCCCAUGGAACUCCACCCAGAGUUUGGGCUGGACCAUCCCCCAGCUGUCUCCUCCACCUCGGAGCUAGGGGAAUUCAGCGCAAUGUCCUGGCUCUCGUGUCAUUCUCCAAGUCCUGCCCCCAAAAUCCUCUAACUUGCCACUGGCCACCACCACAAGCUGUGGCCAUGAGGGUCUCAGCUCAGUUGCCCACACAUGGGGUCCACAAGCAUUAGAGAUGCCCUAGGAUACCAAACACACGCAGCUGGAAAAUAUGAUCCAAGAUUUUUGGGAGAGCCAUGCCAGUGGUGGCAGUCCUGGAGCAGCUCUGGUGUCACAGGACCCCCAUGUCCAGAGGCCUGUCAUGCUCCAGGCACAUCCACACGGCAAACAGAGGACACUGAUCAGCUCCAGUGGCUUCCAUCCAUGAGGAUGUGGGCUAAGCAGGCUGUGCUGGUGCCAGGGAAGGUCCUACUCUGCUGUGAGCGGGGCUGCUUUGCUCCACCACCAUCCCAAGGCUGGCUGCUUUGGCUGUCCCAGCAACCCAGCUGGGCUGAUUCCAGCACUCCCCUCUCACCCCCAGGGUGAACACCACAACCAGGGCACCUUGUUGUGCCUCACACAGCCCCACUUAGCUCCUGCCACUGUCUGCUAGCAGCUGGUGGCCCAAAUCCUGCUGUCACUGGUGGUGGUCACUCACCUCCAGGUUUCCACGCUCCAGAAUUGGAAUUGUUUCUCUUACGCUGUUGUACAGAGAGAAGUGUACUUGGAUGUAAAUAAGAGCCCAGCUCUGUAUGUUGAUGAUUAAAUGGAGACAAGAAGGCUCUGUGGCUUCUCUGUUGGCAAGUGGGGCCGAGCUCUGCACAGGGGGUGCUCAGCACCCCGACCUGUGCCUGGCUGUAGUGGGAAUCUGGGCUUCAGCACCUUCCAGGAAAGCAAUCCGCUUCAGAUUAGCUCAGCCUGGUGUCACUCUGUCCUGCUUUGAUACUUGCUGUCACCCUGAGCCAGGUUUGCAGUGGCCCCCUGGUUAAGGCUGAAGUCCCCUCUGCCUGUCUGCUGUCACAGCCAUGCAGGUUCCAUGCAGACAGCGGUUCCCAGAGGUGUCCCCCUGAGCUCUGCCCAUGGAAAGGACCAUCCUGCUCCCCUCCUGCCCUUUGCAGUGGCACUUUAUAGCUCGCACAAGGCGGCGAGCUCACGAACAACACAACCAAAGAUCUCUGGAGAGCGCUGGGCCGCACGCUUGGAGCUGUGUCCCGGCUUUCCUGCAGAGAGAUGAGGCUGGUGUGGGCUGGAAAAGAGGAGUAAGAGCUGGCAGGGGACACGAUUUCCCUGUGUCCCGCCUGGGAAUGUUUGCAGGACCAUAAGGGCCUUUCCUGUGUAAGGUAGGACAGGAUAGAAAGGAGUUCCUGGGUGAGGUGAUUGUCCCCAGUUGGUGACACCAGUAUCCUCCACAGCCAUACCAAUUAGCUCCACACAUUUCCCGUGGAAAACAUGGACCAGGGGCUGUCCCUAGGAGCUGGGAUGGAUGCCAUUCCCUUUCUUCUUGAGGAGAAGAUGCAUGCCAAGCCAUGCAUCCUCUUGUCUUCAGGUAGCUAAAUGCCUCUCCUCUUCAGAGCAAUAGGUCUCUCUGGGUUAGCAGCAGACACCACUACAGGGUUCAGUCAAUUGUUCAGGAAAAUCAGCAUCCUGAGAGCUGGUGGUCCUGCUGGCUGCCCCCUUGCUGUCCUCUCCACAGCUCACCCCAGGGCAUCCUCAGCACCUUCCUUACCAAGGAAUCAAAUUCCAAGGUGAAGGCAGUGCGUUCUUCACUUCUCCUGCUCGGGGUGCUGAAGGCAUCUCUGCCCACCUUUGCUCCAUGAAGGCUCCUGGAUCUGGCAGGAGCCCAGUGGGAGAUCUGUGCUCCUGCAGGUGGGUGUUCAGGUGGGUCUGGGCUUGGGCAGAUGCCUCUCACUGUGCCUCUGCUCCCCAGCCAUUCUCAGCCUUCUCCACUCCACUCCAUGGGAUGGGAGAGAGCCCAACUCGUCAUUAAUUUAACCCAAACCUUCAGUUUAAACCUUGAAACCCCUUUACAAGUCACUGUUCACCAAGACCCCUUGCUAAAGAUCUGUUCAUGUGUUGCCUGUGCCCUGCUGCUCCUCUGCUCCAGCUCUCCAGGCUCUCCUGCCCCCUUUUAGAUCAUCCCACUGGAGCAGUCAGUGCCUCUCCCAGGUACAUCUGGACAAGCUGGAGCUACAGCCCCCACUGAGAAUGGGUUAUCCCAACCCUGCUCUCAGGAACUUUCCAGAACAAUGAUCCUCUCCUCUCUGACAUUCCCAUGGCAGCUCCAUCAGCCCUGCUUUACCUCCAAGGACAACCUGGCUUCCUGCUGAAGGACAUUCCCACGGCCUGCAAUCCUGUGGGAUCAUUGCACAGGGAUUCACACCAUCACCACCCAGCUCUGGAGCUCCCUGGUGCUUCCACCCUCUGUUAAAAACAGGGGUCUGAGGGCUCUGAGAGGUCCUCAGGGGCCUGCAGGACCCUGCAGUGUAUCAAGGGGCUGGGAUCACAUCACAUCUGCUGUUUGCAGAUGUUGGCUUCCCAAUGGAACGUUCCAUGCUUGCAGUGCAUCUGCCAUCAGCACCAAGCUCCUGUGUUUUCAGGAUAAUCCUCAUCCCUGGUUCUCCCAGUGACGGGGAUCGUGUCAGGUCUGGAACCUGGGACCAGGCUGUGUCUCCACAGCUCUUUCACAAAUCUGUUUUCUCCGGCAGGAAGUCUUUGCUUUCUGUCCCAAAGCAAUAGGUUUUUCCAGGGAGAUUUAAAAGGGACUCUUCCCAACUCUGACACCUGCAGGCAAGCCAACAUUCCUGUGAACACCUUCAUAGCUCCAGCCCUGGCCUCAACUCCUUUGGAAAGGGAUGCAAGGUCCAGAAUGGCUCUAAAUAACCACAGUGGUCUGAGCUUGGUGGCCCCAUUUAUCUGGAGAGCCCAAAGCUUGCCGCAUCCAGCAGGCCACCAGCCUGGACACACAUGAGGUGUGACCCAUCCCCUCCUGGUGUCCAUCCACGGCUGAGACAGGGUCCCUGCAGUGGGUCUUCUCCAUGGGGGAGCCACUGGGGUGUCUGAGCUCACCGAGUCACGUUGUGACAGCCAGUGGGGACACCGUGCUCUGCCAUUCCUGAGAGCCAGGCUCGGAGGAGAAGGCCCCUUCACCCCUUUCCCGUGACCGAAAGGAGCGGAACGGGUGCGGGCAGAGCUCCGGCAGCGGCGCAGGAGCGUCCCAGCACCACCCAAUGCUGCACACCCGGCUGAUGUGUCUAUGCAGUCCCUUCCCAGGCAGCCGUGUCCCCGCAGAGCCCAGCCCGGGGCUCCUCCAAGGUGUCUUCGUUUGCACUCUCCGGGACCCGGUAAUCGCUGUGAGCCCAGAGGAGCCGCGCUGGCCUUUGCCUCGCUCCGGGCACCACGCUGGGGAGGUUUUCCUCGCCCCAAACCCACGCACGUCGCCGAGUCGUCCGUUCUGCAGCAGAUCCAUGGCCGUCCCCCCAAAGCCCAGCUCCCCACGGGGAGGAGGGCAGGUGGGGCAAGGCUGCUGUCCGACUUCACCAGCAAUAACGGGAGCUCCGCUGGCGCCGGGCCGUGCCCCUCUGCAGGACCUCCUGCGUGAGACCCCUCGUCCCAUCCCCGAGUGUAAAUUCAAUCCCAGCCUUGUGCUUUCUUCCCUCUCGUUUCCUGACGCCUCGGUGUCUCUCUUUCUCUCUUUCUCUCUCUCCUCUGACUGUGAAUUCAAACCAGAAGUGUUCUGAACUCGACUCCGUUACUGUUCUGUUUCUGCGUCGACUGUU